GCAGCAAAGAGUUGAUCUCCAGUUCUUACCAUUUCCAGGAGUCACAACAGAAUGAUGCGAAAAGGAAAAAGGAGACGUGGUGCUGUUUACUUGGCUGCAGCUGUUAUUUUUACAUGUUAUUUGGGGCAAACCAUUGACUGUUACCGGUUGAAGGAAACAGAAAGAAGGGAAGAACGAAAUGACCCUCAUGCAGCCAAAACAGCAGCUGUCCAGGAGGGAAGAAUUAUUUUCGGGAGAGGUCUUGAGAAAGGGUCUGGCCUCGAGUCUCGGGUCAUAGAUGGAACCAAGAAUACCUUCUCAAAUGUUUCUACUGAAGAUAAAGCUGCUUAUCAAGCGGACUCUCCAGUCCAAUCAGGCUGGCCUAAAGGACGACCACAUGAUUCCGAUGGCGGAGAAUCAUCAUGGAAGCGUAUGACACCCUCCCUGCAGUGUGGUGAGGACCAAAUGAAGUUCAGAGCAGUGGGACAAGAUGCUUCACAGUUUGCAGUGGACCAAGGAAAGGCACAUCCAAUGCCUCUGUCCCAAAUCCCACCAACCUGUGGCUACACAAUGCAAAGGAACCCUCUUGCACUUGUAAUGUUGGUCCCCUAUGAUGGUUGCAACAUGGUUCAAGAGGAUGGGCAUUAUAUGCUCCUAAUGCGCUGGCGAGGAGUUCCAGUCGCCCUCUUGUGUCCAUUUUACCCUCUGCCAGUCACCGCAACUCCAUCGCCGAUGUUUCCUUGUCCCUUCUUCCCACCUUGCGACCCUCUAGUGACUACUACUAAACCCACCACUACCAAAACUAAACCGACCAAAAUGACCAAAACAAAACUGACCGAUGCUGAACCGACCAAAACAAAACUGACCAAUGCUGAACCAGCCAUUAACAACUACGGAGGAGCCUACUACCACACCCUCUGCAGUGGACCCCCCUCCAGCACCGACACAGCCUUGACCACAUUUUCAUCCACAUGCUGA